AAAAAUCCUUGCAAUGGCUUAUGGGAUAUUCAAAAUGGCAGCUCCCAUCCCUAAAUUGUCAAUGGUAAAAAAAUUAUUUGACAUGAGUCUGAAAGUCACAGACAGAAGGUUCAUAUCGAAGUAUAUCUCUGAAACAUCUGGAAGUCAAAUUCCUAUCUUAAAUUUGUCUGGGUCUCUUGUACACAAAAGACUCAUGUGUCAAAGUGUAACAACAACAGACAGAAUCUUCAUUGAUACACACACUGCAGUCAAAGCUAUGGAGAAGAGUGGUUUAACAGUAGAACAAGCCGAAUGUUUGACAGGAAUCUUGAUGAAUAUCAUGGAAAAAAGCACUGAGCUAAAUCAUAAAGAACUUGUAACUAAACAACAACAGGAAAUGGUGAUACAGCAAGUGAUGUCCCGCAUAGCCUCUGUUAAGAAAGACAUGGUGAUUCUAGAAAAAAGUGAAUUCUCUGCUCUUAGAAGUGAGAAUGAGAAAUUGGCAAUAGAAGUCAACCAACUUAGGCAACAAUUAGCUGAUGAAAUUCAAAAGCUUGCCAACACAGUGAAAUUAGACAUCAAUCUCGAGAGGAGUCGAUCAAUAGAGAUGUCUGCAGGGCAGGAACAAGAAUUGGAGAAGGUUACCCAAAGGAUACGGACAGAGGUAGCAAACAUGACAGCAAAAUUAGAAGCUACCAAAACAGAUAUGAUCAAAUACUUUGCCGGAACCCUCCUUGGGUGCUUAACGUUAGGUCUUGGUUUUUAUCGCAUCCUUCUCAUGUGACAUCUAGCUUCAUGUCUUCCUCCUCGUAAUCAUCCUCACCAAGUAUUUUAAAAUACCACUGUGCAGCGAUGAGACAGAUGUGAGCAUGUAGUGCCAGUUUGUAAGAUCUUGGCCCCGUAACACAAAGCCCAGUGUUUGAUGACAGUGGUUAUUUUUAUACUUGAUUACAUUAAAUAUGUGUAGUGUACAAUCAAUCAUUAAUUUUUGUGUCAUUGGGCCGUGGACACAUACUAUUGCAUAAUUUUUUCAAUGUCAUGGCAUUUAAUGAAUUGAAAUGUAUGUGCUUUGGUGAUAAACUUCUACUUAGAUGUCGAUAUGAUAACUGACAAAUUUGAUUUUCUUUUAUUUUUGUACUUGUUUAAGAUUGAUGUCUGUCGUUAAUUGACUGUAGUAAAGCUUUGAAAGCAUUCAAUGUUUCUCGAUGCUUAGACAUGCCCACAGCUUUCUGCCCGCAGCGCAGUGAUGUUAACAGAUGGAAUACCUAAUUGUAUUUGGUACAUUCGCUCUUUCUAGAAAAGCUAAAACUCAUAGAACCAAUUUAUUAAGAGUUAUUUUCUUUUUUCUUAGAAACAUAGUUGUGUGAUAUUUAUUGCCAAAGCCAUGUCAGAGAUAAUAUGAUGACUUGCCAUAUGUAUCAAAGGAGAGAAUAUAAUUAUCUGCCUAAGAACUAGGUUAUUUAGAGGGUACCUUGGAGGAGGCUACUUUACAGGGUUUGAGUAUCCUACCCUGCAGUGAUAAUCAAAAUCAUGUAAUUAAAAAAAAAUUGAAUCAAUCAUCAAGAUUAUUUCUAUUUGUUUUGAGCAUGUGUGUCACACAUGGAGUAAAUAUUUAAAGAAUAUUUUUCCUUCCAUAAUUAUGUGAAAGUGAAAGAGAGUAAGAUUAUUAUGCAUAGAUUCAUCUAUAAAGUAAUACUGUUAUGCUCAGUGGCAGAUCGAGCCGCAUUAGAUACAUUGGCCCGUAUUCUGAAGUCGGGUUUAACUUAAACUCAGGUUUAAAGUUGGGGUUUAAGUAUGGACAGCCAAUUGUUACAUAAUCACUAGCAGUAGAGAUAUCAUACUUCAGCUCAUUUGGCUCUCAAAUUAUUCAUAAUUGUCUAGGAAGUAUAAAUAGAUGAUCAUCUUCACCAUCGAUGAAUCAGGAAAGAGCACAGUAAACAUAAGUAACAUAAAACUUAAUAAAUAUUUUGAUACUUUUGGCUUCCCAUACUUAAACCACAACUUUAAACCUGAGUUUAAGUUAAACCCGACUUCAGAAUACGGGCCAUAGUGUUUGUGUACAAUAGUGGGCCCCUCCAAAAUAUUGUGUCUUAUCUGGAUAAAGAUCUGUCACUGGUAAUGCUUGCCAUUUGUUGAUGCACUUUAUAUAUUUGUUCACGUCUGGAAAUAUUACAACAGUAAUAUAUUUCAAGAUAUUAUCUAUUUUCAAAAUAAUGACUUCUGGUCUAAGAAAACCAUUUACUGUUAUACUGUUUCCUUGUGUUGUGUAGUUGCCAUCAUCUCAAUUCUCUAAAGUAAUGAUCAAAAAGUGAGAUUCCUUCCUAAUAUCAUGUUGGUCUUAAGAAAAACAGAAAUAUGAGAAGAAGAAUUAAUGAAUGAGAUUUUGAUGAAAAUCCAUUAAAAAAGCAGGAAUUGUUACCUUUAGGUCUCAUUUUUCUGGAUGACAAAUGCAAGCUGGUUUUCUAGACUAUGAAUUCCAUAAAACUGCUAUUUUUCACAAAUUUUUAAUGACUUCAAAGUAUAUUUCAUUCUCUCUUCUAUGAAAAAAAUUGUUUAUUUAUCAUGAACUGGAAAAAAGUAAUAUUGUGAUAUACUGCUUUAAAUGGGGAGCAGUUCCCAACUGACAUCACAAAAUUUUACCAUUUGAUGAAUUUUCACAAUGAUGUCUAUCUCCGAUAAAUUACUUUUUCUUUGAAAACAACCAGAUGUCAGAUGAACUUUCCUGUUAAGUAUAUUUGUAUUAUGUGCAAAUUGACUGAUGAAAUUAAAUUAAUAUGGAUGCUGUCUGGAGAAUUUCUAGAAGAGAGCAAGGAAUUCAUUCAAAAUGAGAUAUGCAUAUAGAUACAUUAGUGAACCAUUGGUGUAUGGGUAUUUAUUUAUUUUUGAAGUAAAAAUUAAUUUUUGGAAGAAAUUGUAUUACAGACUAAUGUUAUAAUGAUAAUUGUGUAAACGUCUUGAGAGCAGUUCAAGUUAUGUCAUUAUAAAACAUGCAAUUGAAACCAAUGAUACAACUAUAGAUGACACUAAAGGGCUAUUCCACGGUUACUCACGUUACAUUUGGAGACACCUUGACUCAUACUUGGAGCUGUAACUCCAUUAUUAUUGAUAGGAACUAAACAUCUCUUCAUCACAACAUAGUACGCAGUCUGACUAUCCUUUGUAUAAAAACAAAACUUGGGAAAUUUCAUUAUGCUUCUGGCAAAUCUUUGAAAUGUGUCGGUUACUAAUGUUACAUGAUUUGGACAUGCAUAAAAUGAAAAGUGGACAUAAGUGAAAAGUGUCCUCAUGCAAGGCUUUUAUGAAAGUUGAUUAUAUCCAUUUCAAAGAAGUAUAUUAGGGAGACAAAUUUGUAUAUAAUAAAAAAAAAAGAACACAUGGUUUUUACUAGGGGUACAGAUAAAGUGGUUACUCACGUUACAGUUCAGAUGGGUUAUUUGUACAAAGACACAUUGAGCUCAUGUCCACCAACCUAUGGAAUUGCCCUAAAUAUGAAUUACUGUCACUAUGUCAUUCGUUUUCACUGUUCAGUAACAAGGUACUUUGUCAUUUUGCAUAGUGUUUACUUCAUUCCUUGCCUCCCCUUUAUUCAAUGCAUGAUGGCUUGCUUGGUGCAUUUUUUGUAUCUGUAUAGAUCUGUAUCUGCAUAGAUGAAACACUUAUUUUGCUAUAAUAUCUAUUUUUAUACAGGAUAUAAAAUAAUGAGCUUAUACACAAUUGAUUUUUCAACAUUGUACAGGGAAUAAUUUUUCUUACAAAAUUUGAUUCGCAAAUAGUCAAGAGAAAAUCUCUCAAAUAAGUUCUGCACAGUCCUAUGUAAAAAUUUGCUACAUGAAAGACUUUUUUUUAAUGUGUAACAAUACUAGCAAAUUGCAAUGCAAAACCAGUAAAUUAUUCCCUGUCAGGGGCCGCGGAACGGUUUUCAAAGUGGGGGGGCUGACCAUGCUAAAAAUCACAAUCAUAUGGUCAUUUUUACGUUUUUGUACACGGUUUUGGAAAAAAGUGGGGGGGGGGGGCUAAAGCCCCCCCGGUUCCGCGGCCCCUGCCUGUUGUAUGUCAAUAUCUUUGUGUUAGACUGAAACUGAUAUAAUUUUAUUAUUUCCAUGAAGAGAUUAAACUUAAAGAAGCAAAGCCCUAAUGAUUUCACUCAGAUGACAACAAAAUUAAUGGAUUCUAAAAU